AUGGAAGAUCUUCAGGUGGCAGAAAGUAGCCCUCCAAUGCUUUCAUUCAUCUCUCAAACAGGUCCCAAGAUCCAGGACCCGAAAUUAAAGAAGCUCGUCCGCCAGAACGCCCGUAAUCAUGUGUCGCGACAGAAAGGAACACAUGUUGACCCUAAACCUCUGCAAUUUCGACUUCUUGUACCGGAUUCAUUCAGCUUCACUCCAUCAUCGGAGUCUCAGAUACUCCUAGAAGAGGUCAAUGUAGGGGAUCAGAUACCUGGCGCGGAUGUAAUUGAGAAUGGUGAGAGCGAGAUGGAGAAAUGGAAUUCGAUCCUCAACGCUGGGCCAUCGUCGGCCAUUCUUACCGAGCCCCAAGAAGAAGAUCUAUCUCGCAAUAUGUCUGGACAGGACGCUGGAACAUAUGGAAAUCCAGCAGGGGUCAGACAUUUAGAGCUAUCGACAAGGCAGCAACUGGGCAGAACUAGGAAACCCAAAACCAAGACUGGGUGUCUGACAUGCAAAACUAGACAUCUCAAAUGCGAUGAAUCCAAGCCUAGCUGUCUGCGGUGUUUGAAAAGUACUGGGACGUGUACCGGCUACGCAAAAGUACCAUCGACAAGAAUUGAUCACCGCGCCAUCAUUGCCCGUCCCAGUGUCUUAAUUCAACAGCCUACUCAAAAAGCCUUCUUGAACGACGAGAAAGAAUCGUACUUCUUUAAGAUCUUCCAAAGCCAGACAGCUGCCGAUCUAUCAGGAGUUUACAAGUCAACCUUUUGGGAUCACAUCCUGAUUCGGGAGUCGACACAUCAAAACUCCGUCAUGUCAGGAAUAAUUAGUAUUGCUGCUCUCAAUGAAUCCGUGAAGUCCGCCGAACUUGCCCGAUCGGCAACCGACUCUAACAAGGUCGCUUGGCAAGCUGAAGCUAAAAAUCAACGAGAGUAUGCUUUAGAGCAAUAUGACAAAGCUAUCAGAGGCAUGCGAACAAUCACAACAGACAGCAACUCUUACCUGAGGAAGAUGCUGAUCUCCACUCUCUUGGUCUUCGUUUUUGAAACGAUCCAUGCCCAGCCCGACGUAGCUUUCUGGCACGCGAUGAUCGGAGAUCGGAUGCUGUGUUCUUGGGUGACCGAGCAGUGGGCCAACAGGAACUCUCGUCGUCGCGGUAUUGCUUCUCCAGCAACAAGUAUACUUGAAGAUGAGAUUCUUCUCAUAUUUUGUCGGUUCGACACUCAGUUUCUCACUUUUGUGGAAACCAGAGGGCAUCAAGUACACAUCAAUGGGAUGCGGGACGGCACACCUGCUGUUCAAGAAAUGCCACUGGUGUUCUCGGACCUUGCUGAAGCGACCACAUAUUGGGAACUUGUCCUCAGACGGUCUUGCCACUUCAUCAUGUACGGAGCCGUACGAACAAAAUCGAGAACGCUGCAGAAGGACACUCCGAGCACGCUAGGGGGAAGAACAAUUGAAAUCAACGCCGAAAAUUCUAUAUAUGGCUCCCCAUUCCUAGUACCGGAUGGCUUCAUCCAGGAACAAGCGGAGAAAAUGAACGACAUCGAUCGUUGGUCAGCAUCGUUUCACAAACUCCUCGCCAAUGGGAAGAGUGCUUCUCCGGGUCUGCGAGAGGUCGCAAACAUCGCGCUACUCCGUAUGACCAGUCUCAGUAUCAAAGUCGCAGUCGCAGGCACAACUUUCACGAACGAGACCUCUUAUGAUGAGUUUCUGCCUCAAUUCACCGAAAUAGUAUCUUUGGCUCGGCAGGUAACAGACAAUCUGCUCGUAAUAUCAAACAACAAGCCAGCAUACCACUUUCACACGAGUGUCGUACCACCACUCUUCAUCGUUCUAUUGAGGUGUAGGGAUCGAGCCGUGCGGCGGGAGGCUAUCGAAAUUCUGAGGAUGCAGCAGCAUGAUGGCCCUUGGGAUCGAUUUAUGAUUGCGAGCAUUGGGAGCUGGAUAAUGGAAAUUGAGGAGCAAGGCUGGGAUGGUGUUGGUACCAUUCCGGAGGGGUCGAGGGUCCAACUUUCAAUGGUUAAGAUCGGUCUGGAGGAUCGAAGCGUGAUGGUGCAAUGUGUUCGUCGGAGAGUUUGUGAUGUUGGUGGAGGAAAUCAGCCGCAGGAGCCGGGUCUCACAUGGAUUGAGACAGUGAUUCGUGCAUGGUAA